AUGACGUUCCGUUUCGUGCAGCUUUGUGCUGUGCUUGCCACAGUUCAAGCUCUGACCCUUCGCUCAGAAAGAGCCGUGAUCACAGAAUUCUUGGAGGAGAAUCGGAGUGAUUUUUCCCCUCCUCCCCACCCCCGGCACUAUCGGUUUAUGGCGACUUCUACGCGAUAUGGAACCAAUCCCCACACCGCUUGCGGCCUCGAUUCAGCUGCACUAGUGCAUGGGACUGGGUAUUUGGCAGUGGCUUCUGCGCAGGCCAUGCAGGAUGGAUGUUGCCGAUGCAAUCGAAAUGGUGGAGGAGGACACACUGCCAGCAUGGGAUGUGGAUCCUGCGGCAAGGGGAGAUUUGUCCGACAAUUGCCACGAGGCUUUAAGAUUUGGACACCGGCAGAGGACAAGAUUUUUCACGAGGAGUACAAGUUUGUGGUUGUGGACAUUUGCCCAAACUCCCACAAUUCCAUGUGGUGCCCCGCUAAAGCUGGACAGGUCAAUCAGUUUGGUGUCCACAAUCACUUCGACUUUGCGACUGUACCUCACCACUUUGACAACUACUACUUCGAAUUCACACCUGAGCCCUGUGACCAGCAGAUGCAAUCCCGCUUGGCCCAGAUGUCCAAAUGCCGCAAAGCCUUGGGCCCACGCUACAUCGAGUUUCAUCCAACCCUUCCUAUUGCCUAUGUGGUCAACGAACUCGCUUCAGACAUUUCAGUCUUCGAGUUUGAUAAGGAAGCUGCUGAGGCCAUCAUCCAAGGUGGUGCUGACUACACCGAGGCGAAACCUACUCUUCGCUUGGUGCAGUCUGUGCGCACCAUCCCAGAAGCUUUUCCUGGCGAAGCCAACACCUGCGGCCGCGUGGCCGUGCAUUCCUCUGGUAACUUUGUUUUGGUCUCGAAUCGGGGCCAUGACAGCAUCACCGUCUUCCGUGUGCAUUUCACACAUGGUCACAAAGGCCUUUUGUCAACAUGCCUGACACAGCACACACGUGGUGCAACUCCCAGGACAGAGAUGCGUUCUUGGUCGAUUCGCAGAAGGGACUGCUACAGUGAGAGGCACUUUCAAUUCGAUGCUUCUGGGCAGUGGCUUAUCACAGCGAAUCAGGACUCUGACAACAUCUCAGUCUUCAGAUUUAACUUGGCCACUGGCAAGCUGGAGUUUACUGGAAAUGAGUACGAGGUGCCUUCGCCCAACUUUGUUUGCAACAUGAUUCCACAUCGGCCUGCGGGGCUCUCAACCCUUUGAGCUGAGAGUUAGGGCGUUUUUGAAGCCGAAAGCUUUUGUAAGGCGCCAGAAUGGUGGACUAAAUGGCUUCUCAGACGGCAGAUGCUUUUGUUGCCA